UGGAGCAUUUGGAGCUCGCGGGCCGGAAGUAACUCUUACCUUCCACUUCAGCGUCUCCGAACUGCGCUACUGUUGGUGGAGCCGUUCCUUGCGUGCGCCCGCAGCCCAGCUGCUGCCAUGAGCCGGCCCAGCCGGCUGCAGAGGCAAGUUUUAAGCCUGUACCGCGAGCUGCUGCGCGCCGGGCGCGGGAAGCCGGGAGCCGAGGCGCGGGUGCGGGCCGAGUUCCGACAGCACGCCUGCCUGCCACGCUCCGACGUUUUGCGCAUCGAGUAUCUGUACCGCCGCGGGCGGCGCCAGCUCCAGCUCCUACGCUCCGGUCACGCCACGGCCAUGGGUGCCUUCGUGCGCCCUCGGGGCCUAACAGAGGAGGCCCGCUGCGCGGGAGACCUGGGGGCGCCCCCUGACGGUGAUGAGGGUCCGAGGAGCCCGUUCAACGGCGUGGGAUCACCAGAGACGCCUCCCAAUGGACAGUGACGGGCAGAAGAGUUCAUAUGGUGGAACAGGGGAAUCCAGGGGCCCGCCUGUCUGAGUUGUGGGUACCGAAGAACCCACCAGAUGGAAGGUGAGAAGUCUUGAGAGAUUAGCUGGGUGGAUUGGGGGAAUAGGAAAGCCCCCCACCCCCCGCUGGAGACGUGGGGUCCGAAAGAACUCCAGGAUGGAUGGCGAGAAAUGCCUGACCUUGCCCCAUCCAUGGUAAGGGACUCUCCCAUGAGAGCUUGAGGCGGCAUGGAUCGCCGGCUAGCUGGACUCUAUCAAACUGAGAGCUACUUUCUCAGGGCAUGGGUAGCAGGGACGUUCCCCGUUGGAUGGAAAGAGACUGAGGCACCCUUUCUUGACCCCUGCCUCCUCAACUCCCCUCUCCUGUACUUUGAGAAGAGCAGACUUUUUGCUGAGGAAUUAGCGAAAAUGCCGAAAUGGAUGGUGAGAAUCCCCGAAUCCCCCCAUUUGACGAAAACUUUCCUCCCGUUAAUUGUGACAAACUAGGACUGGCAAGGAAGGGGCUAAGGGUCUCUUACCCCAGCUGAUCAACUAAAGACCUCUCAACACCUAUAUGUGAUGGUUCUGAGAGGGAACCCUGACUCCUGCACCGUUUCCCCUCAGGACUGUUGAACAAAGGGAAUAAAAUUGGGGAUGUGCUUA